GUUUCUGGUAAGAUGUCAUCAAAAUGCCCAAGAGAAGGUUGUUGUACUCUCAGCUGUGCGCUCACAAAGAAUAGCGGAUAAAGACUCGCGGUUGUCGGUACUUUUUCCGCAUUUUAGCCGAUGAAGUCCUCAGUGUCUAUCAGAGGAAUGCCCAAGAAGACAGGAUUCACUGUGGUCAACUCUUCAAGUCAUGAAGAUAACUUCAGUGCCAAGGAGCUCAUGGUCCAUGGACCCACUGUCAAUGGUUGGCGAUCCAGCAGGCUGUGCUCCUAUCCUCAGCACCUCACCCUCCAACUGGUGGAGAGAAGUAGGAUAAGGAAGCUACAGUUGCUGGCUCACCAGUUCAUGAUCCCAGCCAAGGUUGAGUUCCAUGUUGGUGACAGCCCUCCUGAAGCCAGCCCUCCAGGCUUUCCAGGACAGUUUCAUCGACUUGGGUAUGUGUCUCUGUCGGAUAAUGAGAAGACCGGAUUCAAAGCCCGGGAGCUAAAGUCGGUCCAUGUUGAUGCCAUCGGAACAUAUCUGAGAAUAACCCUCCACAGGAACCAUGUCAACCGUUACAAUCACUAUAAUCAGGGACUUCACAGUCAAGCCUUGUUUAUUUUUCAGGUUGCACUGGUUGCCAUUAAUGUUUUGGGGGAUUCUUUGGAUGGCAGCACAUUCCACACAGUGCCAAGCAGAGACCAGCUGAUUGAACAGUACCUCUACAGCACUCAGCAGGAAGCUGCCUUGGACACGACUUUCAUGGGUAAAUCUUCAUCAAUCUCCCAGUUUGAUGACUUGGCCUUCGACAUGUACCAGGACCCAGAGGUUGCACACAUCAUUCGUCUUCUUGACCAGAAAAAGCAAGACGUGGUCCAACAGGAGAACUUUGAGGAGGCUAAGAAGUUGAAGCAAGCCAUCGCAGAUCUCCAGAAGGUUGGAGAGCGUUUGGCUCGAUAUGAUGUAGAGAAGAAAUGUGCAAUCGAAAAAGAAGACUAUGACCUGGCCAAGAAGAAGAAGGAGCUGAUGGAUGAGUACAGGAUGAGCGUCUACCAACAGCUGGAAGUUCACAACCUGCUGGAUGUGACAAUGAUCACCAGGGCAGCAGAUUUGUUCUCAGCCCAAGGUCCUCCACCUCUUCUUCUCCCUUCUCCUGCUGAUAGUUCAGCCCCCACCAAACCCCUGUUAUCCACACAUGACCUUAAGAAGGGGAAGAAGAUAAGUGCUCACGAUCAGCAAUCAGCCACACAGACUGUUGUGCCCAAACCUAGCAGCCAGUCUGACACAUCUUUCACCCUUGCUUCCGUACCUAACGUUAAUAUUACCAGUGUGCCUUAUGAUGAGAGGCCCCUGCCAGCCCUUCAACAGAAAGACAGGCCAGUGGAAAGCAUCCAGACCCCAUCAGUGGAGAACUCCCCAAAAUCUGACGAUCAAAGGUCUCCACGUGGUCCUGACAUGAGUGGAGAGCCAGAGCCCCUAACAGAGAAAGCCCUGAGAGAGGCUGGCCUUCCCAUAGAGGCCUUCGGAGAGAGACUGGUGGCUUGCGCAUAUUCUAAAACCUGGUGCUACAGAGAAGAUGCUCUGCUUGCUGUGCAUGACAAACUGUUGGAAGUGACCUCCACAGCUCCCAAAGACGAGCUGAGAAACAUGAUAAGAGCGGCAGUCUUGCUGGUUAAGAAGGCUCUUCUGGAUAAAGUUUCAUCUGUUUUUCAUGCGUCACUGAAUCUGCUCCGCUUAAUGCUGAGUCAGGUGAUCCUGGGUCUGGGCCUUGGUCGGGCUGAGGUCACCCACUGCUUGGAGCAGACAUUUCCUAACUUGCUGACAAGGACAGGAGACUCCCCUAACCGCCUACAUGCUGCUGCCAUUACCCUCAUACAGGAAAUUGCGGUUUUAAAGGAUGUAAGAGCCCUGCAGAUCAUCCCUGUUGAAUUAGUGAAGCCAUUCAAAUCCAACUUCCCCUCUCGUCUGGCUCAGAGUCGGGCCGAACUUCUCGAGAAACUCCUUGUGGAACUGGGUAUAGAGAAGUCUGGCUUCACCCUGGAAAAUGUCAUCACGUUCUGUACAGCUGCUUUGGAGCACAGUGCAAAAGGGGUUCGAGAGCUGGCAGUACGCAUCAUCUUAUCCCUGUAUGAGCAGCACAGAGGUGCUGUUCUCAGCUACCUUCCACCUAAUGAUGCUGCCACACGGAAGAACUUCCUCUACAAAACCCUCUUUGAUGGAUUUGAAAAGAUUGAAGGAAACAUUUUUGAACCUCAGACUUUGAAAAACGUUUUUAGACAGCCACUUGGUCAAAAGGAGAAGGAAGAAAUCAACUAUCUUCAAAAGCAUCUGGCAACCUUGAAAGACAUCACAGAAAGAGAGAAUGAAGGCACCACAGGUGAAACAUCCAAUAAAGAACAAGACAAAGUUGAGAAAUCCUCAGAAGGUGCCACAGCUAGUGUCACAAAAGGGCCUCAUAGCAAGACAACUGAUUGCAUAGAUGUACAUCAAUCCAUCAAGUAUCUGGAUAACAUGUGCAUUUUCUGUGGUAAAAAAGAUGAAUCAUUGACCGAGGACGGAUUAGACCUUCAUUACUGGAAACAGUGUCUGAUGCUGCGGCGCUGUGAUGAGUGUAGACAGGUAGUGGAGAUAGCCAGUCUCACAGAGCACCUGCUGCGGGAAUGUGAAAACAGAUCCAAGUUUAGCCAGUGUCCACGCUGCUCAGAAGCUGUCCUCACUGAGGUUCUCACUUGUCAUGUUCAGGGUUCAAACUGUAACCUGCUUAUUUCAGGUAAAGGCUCCGUCUCCAACCACUGCCCUUUGUGUCACAGCAACUUUCCACCAGGAGAAGAGGCCUGGAAGGCUCACCUCAUGGGCAGAGAGGGGUGUAAACAAAACUCACGCAGGACUGCGGUGUCCCAACGAACCCAGCCAGCACAAGGUAGGGCUGCUGGUGGAACAAAGCAGUUGUGGUCGGUCAGAGCUGGAGCUGGAACCAGAACUGGGCCCAUGGGCAGAGGCAGUCGGAUCCCAUCCCUGACACCCAUGGCAAGGAGAAAUGUAGCAGGAAAGCGCUGAAGUUGGUCGGACUUCAUCAGCUAGAGGCGGUACUUAACCAGAAGAAACAAACCCUCCCCCCUCAUCUGAGAGUUAUCGACAAAUCGAGUCCACCUGUUUUUCCAGCUCAAACACCGACUAGCAAUAUUAAAAUAAUGCAGCUCAGCCUGGUGUGAAACAAAUGCUUCAUUUGUAUUCGAAUAUAAUGCUGACUCACUCUGUCCUGUCCAUAGGUCAAACCUCUGCCAUCAAACACCUGUUGGGCCAGUAAAUAUGGGCGCACUGUGCUGGUAAUUGAUACAUCUUUACAAGGCUUCGGAUCUCUUAAGCUCCUUUUAUUGCUAACCUCUGUUUAAAGCUGUUGUAUUUUGCUUUGAAGGAAAACCUUAUAUUUUUUUACUGUAUAGCUGUUGAUACUUUUAAUGAUGAAGAUCAUAUUGAAAAAAAUAAAGCCAAGGUGAGGAUGUACUGAUUCGUAAGUACAUGAUGCAGUAUUUCCAAUUAUGCAGCCAGCUGCAUGUUUUCAGUACAACAUUUCUGCUUAUUCCACCUCUACAUCUUCCACAAUGCAGGCUCUCUGCUGAAAAUACAGUUCCACCAAGCUGACACAACACUGAUUACAUCACCCUGACAUUGCUAAGGACAUUUGUUGUCCCAGUCUGCUGACUGAACGUUCUGUGUAAGAUUGUCAAGUUUCCCAUUACGGUAAAACAAGCCAUUCAGUGAUGCUACAAGUGUGGAGAUUUCUUUCUUUUUUUUUAUUUAACUUUGUUUUACGGAACAAUUGGCACUUUAUAUACCCAUUUCUAUGGCGUACAGUUAAAACCAUAUACAGUAUUUACAUACACUGGUCUUUUUUUUCUCACUGUCCAGCAUCAAACCAGUAUACAUUUUUUCCUGUUUUAGCUCAACAAGAUGACAUAAAUUGUUUGUUUGCUAAAUGGUAGAAUAAUGAGACAGAUUUUUUUUUUAUCACUUUCUUCAUAUUCAGAAGUUUGCAUACACUACUUGUAUUUUUUUGCCUUUAAACAAUGUUGGAAAGCCCAGAAGAUGAUAUCAUGACUUUGUAAGCAUCUGAUAGGUUAAUCAAUAACAUUUUUGUUACCUGAAGGCAUAGCAGGGCAUGUAUUGUAAGGCAACACUUCAAUUUUCACAGCUUCCUUGUGGGACAUCAUAGAAAAACCACAAUGAAUAAGCCAAGAUAUCAGGAAGAUAAUUGUGGACAUCCACAAGUAUGGAUUAUCCAGAUGUCUGAAGGUGCCACAUUCAUCUGUUCUAAAAAUUAUAAGAAGUAUAAACAGUAUGGAAAUAUCUGGCUUUCGUACUUUUCUGGAAGGAGACGGAUUCUAUGUCCCACAAAUUAAUGUGUUUUGGUGCAAAAACGUUCAAAUUAACCCCAGAACAAAAGCAACAAAAUCUUGUAAAGAUUCUGGCUGAACCUGGUAGGAGAGAGUCUUUGUCCACAGAGAAAUGACCCCUGUUUCAACAUGGGCUUAAAAGUCACUCUGUGAGGAAGAAGCCAUUACUCCAAAAUCUGCAUAAACUGACAGAUUUCUGUUUGAAAAUGCACUCAGAGACAAUAACUUUAGUUUCUGGAGACAUGUCCUAUGGUCUGAUGAAAGUAAAAUUGAACAAUUUGGCCAUAAUGAAUAUUGUUACAUUUGCAGGAAAAAGGGUGAAGCUUGCAGGCAGGAGAACACUAUUUUAUUCAGUCUAUGCAAAUAUCUAGUUUGAACUAUAGAUAGAUAGAUAAAUGCUCACUUCUGUACAAUUUUAAACCUGUCUUUGUAAAGGCAUCAAUACAAGCGGAAGGAUCAGGCUACAGGCUGAAAUCUUUACUCCGUGGCAACAUUGCAGACAAUUCUUCCUUCCAAAAGCAAUUCCCAACCUGCCUAAGCUUUAUUGUCACCAUCAGUGAGCCAUCUGCAUUCAUUUUUUCCUAUUAUUGCUAUUUCUUUACACUGUAUACAGGAAUGAAGUAGCACUUUACCAAAGAAAUUAUAACGAUAAAUACAGUAAUUAUUUCCCUGAAAAUUGCCCAGUGACAAUCUCACAAGUGAAAUAAAGAUAGAUGGUUGCAUUAGACCUAACGUUGGCACAGUUAGAGGACUGCUAAAAAUAUUAAGGCAUCUGAUUUAUUUCCUCUUUUUCUAACGUACAAAUUUUAAGAAGGGGCCAGUUAAAACACAUCGGAAAAAAAGUGUCCGAGAGUAUUUGUGAACAUGAAGACUGGCCUAAAAAUGCUCUCAAACAUGUGUAUUCUUAGACUGUAGUUUUUGUUCCUGUUGCAGCUGUUUCUCUAAUGUCAGAGAUGGGUAACACCAGAGCAAACACUGAACAGCUGCUGCUGCUUGAUACGAUAUAUUAUAUUUGGUUUCUAACAGGGCUUUGUGUUUGAUGUUUAAUGUGCUUCUCCUGCGAGAUCAUAGUAACCGUGGGCUUUUCAUGGUGCUUUCUGUGCACUGUAGUCAAUAUUUUUUAUCACGUUUGCAUAAAGUAGCUAUUUUUCGGUGACAAUGUUUUUGUAUGUGUAAAAUAAAGCUGGCUCAAACGAG